CUUCUUCGUGAAGGAUCAGGAUGUGCCACGGACGGACAGAAGCCAGGACAUUACGCCGAACCACUUCUGAUUUCAAAACAGACCUGACGUAUAAGAGCCUAUUAAUCCCCCUUUCUCCAUAUUGCAUGAUGUAAAUACCAUCUACAACUGUAUUGAUUUUCAAUGCGCCUACAGCGUCAAUUGACCUUUCUACUCCAACAGAGACGUUCUCCGGAAAGAAGUGUCAGAGCGACUUUGAGUUUAUUACCCUGACAAUAUGUCAGUGCCGUUAAGUUCCCAUGGCUGAAGUUUUGCUGCAUUGCUCGCAUUGUUCAGAAGGUGCCCCGCUUUGAAACUGGGUGUAAUUCUCAUGUUCACCUUAAGGAUGUGUUGCUGACGGAACCCCUCAGUUCCCAAGAAGCUCGGAGGGACGCAGAGUGGAGCGCGCUGCCUGGCUCCGUGUAGUCCUGCUGCAGAAUUACAUAUUACACACAUUGAGCGGAUCCAGUUGGUGCUAGAGUCUUCGCCUGGACAAUGCAGGGCCGAGACGAAACCGCGGAGAAUAACCUAAAGCCGAAGACGAUGGGAUUUAUGUAAUUCUAUGGUUUUGGGUUCAAGUUAGAGGAUUCUUUCGAUGGAAAUAAUUAUCCAUAUUUAACACAGGGUUGUUGCAAAGAAGACUCUGUUGCAAUGUCAUCGCAGACUACUGUCUUGGAGCUGUGUGAAAGAGAGAUGCAGGAAUGAAGUUGAGCACUAUGAGGAAUUACAGACCCCCGUUUUUGGUGCUGGGGGUGCUCCUGACCCUUCUGGGCCUGACGUCCGGUGCGGAGAAGGUCCCCAUCCUAAACAUCGCUGUGAUCCUGGGACGAACACGCUACAUCUCCGACCGUGACAUCCGGGCGCUGUGGAGCAAGGACGACCCCAUCGACGUCAACGUGGUGACUCUGCUGGUGAACGAGACGGACCCCAAGAGCAUCAUCACACACAUGUGCGACCUCAUGUCUGGCACCAAGAUCCACGGGGUGGUGUUCGGGGAUGGCACCGACCAGGAAGCCAUCGCGCAGAUUUUGGAUUUUAUUUCAUCCCAAACGUUGAUACCCAUUCUCGGGAUCCACGGUGGCUCGUCCAUGAUCAUGGCGGAUAAGGAUGUGAAGUCCACUUUCUUUCAGUUUGGGGCCUCCAUCCAGCAGGAGGCGCUGUUGAUGCUGAACAUCAUGGAGGAGUACGACUGGCACGUCUUCUCCAUUGUCACCAGCAAGUUCCCCGGGUACCAGGACUUCAUCAGCAUCCUGAAGAACACGGUGGACAACAGCUUUGUGGGCUGGGACCUGCAGAACACCAUCACGCUGGAAGCGGUGGAUGGCGACACCAGGACGCAGAUCCAGAUGAAGAGGAUCCAGUCGCCCGUCGUCCUGCUGUACUGCUCCAAAGACGAGGCGGCCUACAUCCUGGCCGAGGCCCGGUCGCUGGGUCUCACCGGCUUCGGCUUCAUUUGGAUCGUGCCCAGCCUGACCACGGGCAACCCGGAGAUCACGCCUGAUGAGUUCCCCUCGGGGAUGAUCUCGGUCUCCUACGACGACUGGGACUAUCCCUUGGAGGCGAGGGUGCGCGACGGCCUGGGGAUUAUCACCACCGCAGCUUCUGCCAUGCUGGAGGAGUUCGGCGACAUCCCCGAGGCCAAAACCAGCUGCUACGGACAGCUGGAGAAGACCAAGCUCCCGCCCAGCGCAUUGCACAAAUACAUGAUGAAUGUGACUUGGGAUGGCAGGGACCUGUCCUUCACAGAAGACGGGUACCAGGCCAACCCCAAGCUGGUGGUCAUUGUCCUCAACAAGGAGAGGGAAUGGGAGAAGAUGGGGAAAUGGGAGAACAACAGCGUGACUCUGAAGUAUCCGGUCUGGCCACGCUUCAACUCCUUCGGAGACGCGGAGACGGACGACAACCACCUGAGCAUCGUGACCCUGGAAGAGGCGCCGUUCGUCAUCGUGGAGAACGUGGAGCGCCUGACGGGGACCUGCAUGCGAAACUCGGUUCCGUGUCGCAAGUACAUCAAAAACAAUAACACGGCGGAGGGAGGAACUAAUGUAAAAAAAUGCUGCAAGGGCUUCUGCAUCGACAUCCUGAAGAAGAUCGCCAAGCACGUGAAGUUCACCUACGACCUCUAUCUGGUGACCAAUGGCAAACACGGCAAAAAGAUCAAUAACGUGUGGAAUGGCAUGGUGGGAGAGGUGGUGAACAAGAAGGCCGUCAUGGCCGUGGGCUCGCUGACGAUCAACGAGGAGCGCUCGGAGGUCAUCGACUUUUCCGUGCCCUUCGUGGAGACGGGCAUCAGCGUCAUGGUGUCCCGGAGUAAUGGCACCGUCUCCCCGUCCGCCUUCCUGGAGCCCUUCAGUGCCUCUGUGUGGGUGAUGAUGUUCGUGAUGCUGCUGCUGGUGACCGCCAUGGCCGUCUUCAUGUUCGAGUACAUCAGUCCCCUGGGCUUCAACAGGAACCUCGCUCAGGGCAGAGAUCCACACGGCCCCUCCUUCACUAUGGGCAAGGCGGUUUGGCUCCUCUGGGGCCUCGUCUUCAACAACUCCGUGCCAGUGCAGAACCCCAAAGGAACCACCAGCAAAUUCAUCGUGUCCGUCUGGGCCUUCUUUGCCGUCAUCUUCCUCGCCAGCUACACUGCCAACCUGGCGGCCUUCAUGAUCCAGGAAGAAUUCGUUGACCAGGUCACAGGCCUGAGUGACAAAAAGUUCCAGAGCCCGUAUUCAUACUCCCCACCGUUCCGCUUUGGGACGGUCCCCAACGGAAGCACUGAAAGAAACAUCCGGAAGAACUACCCGGACAUGCAUCAGUAUAUGGUGAAAUACCACCAAACUGGAGUCCAGGACGCACUGGUCAGCCUCAAGACAGGUAAGCUGGAUGCCUUCAUCUACGACGCCGCGGUGCUAAACUACAUGGCCGGCAGGGAUGAGGGCUGCAAGCUGGUCACCAUUGGCAGCGGCUACAUCUUCGCCACCACGGGCUACGGCAUCGCCCUGCAGAAGGGCUCCUACUGGAAACGGCAGGUGGACCUGGCCAUCUUGGGCAUCAUUGGAGAUGGUGAGAUGGAGGAGUUGGAGGCACAAUGGCUGACGGGGAUCUGCCACAAUGAGAAGAACGAGGUGAUGAGUAGCCAGUUGGAUGUGGACAACAUGGCGGGGGUCUUCUACAUGCUGGCUACUGCCAUGGGCCUCAGCCUCAUCACUUUUAUCUGGGAGCACCUGUUCUACUGGAAACUUCGCUACUGCUUCACGGGGGUUUGCACAGGCAAGCCUGGACUACUCUUCUCCAUCAGCCGGGGUAUAUGGAGCUGCAUUCACGGGGUUCAUAUAGAAAUGAAGAAGAAGUCUGCUGAUUUAGACUUCAGUCCGCAAGCCAACAUGCUGAAGCUUAUGAAAUCGGCCAAACAGAUGACCAAUAUGACCAAUCUGAGUGGCUCCAGGAUCAACUCUCCCAAGCGGCCAGCUGAAUUUUUGCACCCCAAUGUGCCUAUGAUCAUGGACAUGGUGUCAGACAAAGGGAAUUUCAUAUAUGCAGACAACCGCAGCUACGCCCCCAAGGAGGUAAUCUAUGGUGAAACGGGUGACCUUCAAUCCUACCUGGCUAACCGACACAAGGACCACCUGAACAACUACAUUUUCCAAGGACAACACCCUCUGACUCUCAAUGAAGCCAACCCCAACACGGUAGAGGUUUCGAUGAGUGCCGAGGCAGCACAGCUCAAUGCCAAGUCCCGGGGUCUAUGGAAGAAGCCCGGGGACACCGUGCGGCAGACCCCGGUCCAGGACACACUGAUGCCUGACGCGCGUCUGUCCAUGAAGAGCCAGCGCUACCUGCCCGAGGACACUGCCCACUCUGACAUUUCUGAAUGCUCCAGCCGGGCCGCGUCAUACAAGGACCCCGAUAACAACCAAAAGCACUUGAAGCCCAAGGACAGCUUAAAAAAAAGAUCCGUGACGUCAAAAUACCCUAGGGAUUGCAGUGAGGUGGAGUUGUCCUACUUAAAAAGCAAGCAGAGCGGCUCGGCUAGAGAAAAGAUCUACACCAUCGACUCUGACCGGGAGAUGAGCCUGCACUCGGAUCCUCUACAUUACAGGGAGAACAGGUCCAUUGUUGACGAUUUGGAUUACCCUGAAAUUUAUUCUGACCACAACGACAACUACAGGAAGGCAGAACAGCCCAUUAUCCACCUCAACAGCAGCCCCCUCCAUCACGUUGACCCCAACCUCAUCCCUGAGACUUCAUACACAAAGCACUACAGCCUGAAGGAUAAGAAUCUUAGCCCACAUGAGACCAAUGACCGGUACAAGCAGACGCACUGUCGGAGCUGUCUGUCGAAGGUACCCAAUUAUUUGGGGCACUAUGGAAUGAGGUCCCCGUACAACCGCUGUGAGGCCUGCGUACAUACAGGCAACUUGUACGACAUUAGCGAGGAUCAAAUACUGCCGGAAACAGUCAACUCUGCUGUUCACCAGAAUGACGUGUUUGCUCAAUACUGGCCCCAGACAGAUGGACCUCACGUGCAGAAGAGGAAUAGACUGAGGCUCAGCCGGCAGCAUUCCUUUGACAAUAUUGUCCUUGAGAAGCCCAAGGAGAUUGACCUGGGCAGGCCGGCACGAAGCGUCAGCCUAAAGGAGAAGGACAGGCUCCUGGAGGAUAGUGCAUACAUGUUCAACAUUAGGCCCGACAAACUUUUUGGGAGCCGGUCAAUGCUCUUCAACCACAACCUGGAGGAGAGCAAACGCAGCAAGUCGCUCUACCCAGAUCACACCUCAGAUAAUCCCUUCCUACACUCCCUGCAGGAUGACCAGCACCUCGUACACGGGCGGAGCUCCUCAGACAUUUACAGACAGCUGGCUCCCAUCAGACCGAGGAACGACAACAACCUGAGGUCCUCGAUUAAGUCCAACACCUCAUACUGCUCCAGGGAUGGCCGGAUACCCAACGAUAUGUACUUUCCAGAGCAUGCGAUGCCUUAUGUAGUUAAUAAGAGUGCAUAUUCAGCUCCCCAUGUUCUGAAUUCUUGCAGCAAUAGAGGAGUAUAUAAAAAAAUACCUAGUCUUGAAUCAGAUGUUUAAUGCCCUGUUUAUAUAUAAGCUGUAAUGUUAAUCCACUUUAGGAUGCCAUUGUCACCUACACAUAUAAAAAGUACUCAUGUACUGUCUUGGUAAAAAUUUUCAGUGUAAGUAAGUUGGCCGUACAGGGCUUGCCAAAGGUUUGAAGCUUUUUUUUUUAAUUAGAUGUCUUGGUGACAUCUUCUGGUCUUGGAACAGAUGAUUAAAUGGACAAGGUAUCUGGUAUUAACUAGUGUAGAUGGGGGCUGCCUGACUGAGUACCUGUAAUGUCACAGGUGCGUUGGGUCAUAUCAAUCGACUCCUAAUUCCUGUGUUUCCCUAAAGACGAUCACUUCCCACUAAAGAGUGUUCCUUGGUGCUGGAGGUCCGUCCUUUCUAAAACACAGUGGCGCAAUCUUAUCAGACGGUGACACCGUCUAGUCAAUGAUAGCCAGGAAAAAAAUCAUGUAUCUGCCUUCCUUGUCUUCAGUCAAGAUGACAUGGGGCAAAAAAACAAUUCAGGAGUUGAUUAUGAACUCUAGGUUUACAGACAGGAACCCAAGGCAAGGAAGAGAAUUUGAUAAAUGGCACUGCAGAUAUAAAAUAUAGCAAUGUAUCUUAUAUUGCAUUACUAUAUUUGUGGGACUCUACCAUUCGAGUCCCGUUUUAGGGUGGUCUAGCACUGAACCUUUUGGUAGCGUAUUAGCUGAUUUCCCCCACCUCUUUUUUUUCCAAAUGAAUAAUUUGAAACUGCAGUGUGAACUAGUUUAUUUUGCAUGUAUUGUUUUUGGUACCGGUGAAAGAAACAAAGCACGCCUUCGUUUAAUGGGUUUAGUCUGGCUGACGCAAGUAAAAUGCCUGCGUGAUUAAUACUUGACCUGCACAACUCGGUAGGUCUCCUCUUAGGACCGACAGCGAGGGAUUGCAGCUGAACUUGCUCGGGAUGCAUUGUUUUGGGAAUUCUCCACCUUAAAACAGGGUAACAGCUUUAGCACCAUACUCACAGGUGUGCCCGGUCCUGGUGCGGCUAACGAGUGUGCGACAUUUCUUACUGACUGUGUUCAAUACUUGUGUUUUUCUGGGCUGUGCACUGUGACUCUCUGUAAGAGGGCAAUGAACUCCCCCUUUAUUGUGGUUAAACGACGAAAGCGUUUGUUGUGGCACGUCAAACCACAGGGAAGCAAAUAUUGGUGGCAUACAUAUAUGACUCCAUUUGGACUACGAAUGGCAGGAUAUUUUGGACAUAACAGGGCGUCUUGGAGAUGUUUAUAACCUGACCACUUCUUCCCUUUUUUAGGAACUGAACACCAGUUAUAAACCCUCCAUCGCUCUUUCUAGCUCAGACUUUUACUUCUAAAUAACGAAGAUGCACUCUUUGUUAAUCAUAUUGAAGUGAUUAUUAUUUUAUUGGGAAACUAUACCUCAGGAGACCAAUUGUACGGAGGGAGUUUAGUAAUGUCGUUAGUAGAGAACAAACACGCCCAUUCACUACUCGUGUCAGGUACGAUGAUCACUGUUUCGUGCUGUGUUCUGUAUUUGUUCGUCCAUCUAAAGUCUUCCAGUAAGAUUACUCUCCUGUGAACAGUUACGGAGGCAAAAUAAUGGAUGGUGAUGAAUUUUACAGAAAAUGUGAUUAAACUAUUAUUAGUUUGAUUUCUCAUCGAUAGAUGAUUUUGCAUAUGGGAUUAAAAAAAUCAAUAAAGAAACAAACACACUGUCCACCAAUCCAGUAGGGUUUUCGAUAUGUUACACUUUUAAAGGAUUCUUCUGCUACCCAUUUUAAACUCUGUUCACUUUGUUUGCAGGAGGUGAAAGUUCAAAUGUGUCAAUGUUAAAAUGUUGCUUGAGGAAGACGAUGUUUGAAAAAUAUGCACAUGUAAAAUACAAGCUCCGAAUAUGUAUGUAUGUAUUUACUGCCUUUAUUUUCUUUAUCCAUUAUUUUCACUCGCACAUCAAGGCCAAUCUUUACGGAGACAAAAAAAAAUGUACUUUACAUUUAUAAAAGCAUGCAAGCUAAAUGUAAGACAUUCAUUCAUUCAUUAUUUAUUUAUUUUUAACGAUGUCAAGGGCACUGAUUAUGUGUAAACAGGGUGUGCAAAAAAAAAUGGCAAUGAUGUUGGUAUACCGCGAUGUGGUGAUACUGUUGCCUUGGAAACCAGCAGAUCGUCGGCCUUUAAACCCAACCUGUGGUUCAGUGCCCACCUCAGUGGGAAACCUUUAUUCCGACGUGUGUUGAGGGUUUGUCUUGUGAUGCACCUGCAACUUGACCCUGCUUCUCCCUGAUUGGCUGGAUGGGAUAUCAAUGGCUACAUUUUCCCUCCUCCUAACCCCGCUCAGACUUUUUAAAAAUAAGGACAAAAUUCUUUUGAGUCUGCUGUCCCUCCAAAGAGAUGAUUUGUUAGUGGUUCAUCUUUACUACUCAUUGAUUGCUGUAGAAAUAGUUUUUUUUUUAAUUAUUAUUAUUCUUCAAAGGCGUUAGGACAUAUUUAAAAUAUUAGCCGCCUGUAAAUCACUUGUAAAUGAUUAUAUAAAUACAUCAUUAUAAAGACUAAACAAUAUUUUUUGUGUGAAUUCCACAGUUUGUAUAGAUAGAAUUGAUUUUCUCUGGAAUAAGUAGAGUUAGUUAGACAUCAUACACAAGAUCUUCAUUUAAUCGUCACUUUAAGUGAUUCUCCAGCCUCCACCUGGCAGGCAAAUGUGAACCUCAGCCACUGGACUUUAAUUAAGCUUGAAUUUUUGGACCUCUGGGUGUUUUUUUGGGAUUUAGUUUGGGGAUGGUGGGGGGGGGGGGGUUGAAUUUCCUGUGUAAAUACCUUCUUCUUCACUCCAGGUAAGCUUGGAUCAAGCAUGCCUGAUGACUAACUGCUGAAAGAACUUUGUUUCCAUCGACUUGAGUUCAUCCCCUGUGUUCAAUGAGUCACAGUAACGGUGUCUCUCAUGGUUUUCAUGCUCGUUAUCCAAAGUGCCAAUGCUUCACUGAUCACCAUGACAAGCUAAUGUAAGGAAAUGGCUACCAGUAUCGCCACUGUUGCUAAUAGACCAGAACCUUCUCUGUUCCUUCGACAGAGAUUUGCGAAUGAUUUGGUCCAAUUGCUCCAGAUGGGAUUGUAUACUUGGAUGUAGCUGUCUUGUGCUGUAUAGGAUGGGUAUCAAUUCCAAUAGUAAACAAAAGAAUUAUUGGAAAAUAUGGGGGCUGUUAUAGCGUUUUCAGGCUAGACUAACUCCAUUGACAGUGGACACAGUCAUUAGUACAAAGAGUUUAUUUUUCUUUUAUUUGUCACAAUAUAGUAACAGAUGUGAUAUUUAGUUUUCAUCAGUGCAAAUGCAAGAUGACGUCAAUAAGCAAAUAAUUAGUUUAGCACAUGCAAACAAAUUAUUAAACACUGAUACACAUCAGCAAUUAGUGCUGCUCUCUGAGAUAACAAAACUCCAUUUUUAAAUAAUUUACGUCCUUGUAUGAGAUGAUCGUUUAUGUUACUUAUUACAGAACAUUUCUGAGAACAUCAGAAGGGAGGAACCAUUGUUCAGUGGAGGUGAAUGUUGUACUGGGGAAGAAAUUGAGGCUGUACACUCAUGUGAAGGAUAGGCCACUUCAUUAUAGAGAGAGCAGGGAUUUGUUAGAUAAUUAACAAAAUACUUGGGAACUUUUCAUAAAUUCUAUAAAAAAAAUACAAAAGAAACCAAUAAAAUCUAACACCAGGGCACUGUUCCAAUUCUCAGUUUUUGAACAUCCCAGCCAAAAGCAAUGAAUUCCCUUUACACAGGUUACUACCCAACCGCUGCUGCAUUAAAAUCUAAUUUGUUUUCCUCCAAAACAACCACUUUGCUCAGGACUGUUUUCAUAUAAAUAGGGAAAAAAAAGCAAAUGACGAACCAAUAAAAAGAUAGUAGCAAGUCACAGUUUGGAGAUCCUGCUUAUGAGAGAGCAAUUCCCGAAAGCCAAGGGCUGCAAGUCACCUGUCCCCUGGUGGCUGGGGGCCACGUUAACGUUACAGCACCUCCUACAGCUAGUUCUCGUACUAAGGGAGUUUUGGGGAUGUCAUUUCUGCCCCAAAAGCCGCGGUGAAAGUGGGAGCAAGACGGGUGCAGGAUGAAGGCAGGGCCGCCUCAGGGAUUUGCUUCCGUAAAAACGCAUCAGCCGUGCCUCGCGGUCGCCGCUCUGCUCCUCGACCCCCCCCCCCAAACCUCCAUGCAAACGCCAAGCGUCGAUUUUACUGCACUACUUCCGUUUCGGUUCUGACUUUCCCCCAAUUAGAAAAGCCCGGCACGUGCACAAUCGUAUCGACGUGUGACUGUUGGAAAUCCUGGAUUUCACCGGGUUCUUUGUUUACCUUUUCCAAAAUUCUCCCUGUCGCUCCAGCUAAGAGAUUUGAAGCACGCCGCUGAAGGUAAAAGGACUCGGCGCUUCUGUGGGUGCUUAGUUUUCUGGAGGUACUGUGUUUGGCAUAGACCUAACGAGGUCGUUAAGGAGGCCUUUGGCACUUUGAUAAAAGAAAAAAAAACACUGAUCAUGUUAGACAAACUUUUGUUUGAGAAGACAUUGCUUCUUUGUUCCUAUUAACUAACUACCUUUUCAUAGAAAUAUAGAAAUUAGCAUUAAUCUUGUGUUCUUUUAAAUUAGAAAUCACUUUACAAAAUGAUUUGUAGCUGGGGACAGGUGGGAGGGCGGGUAGGUGAGCAUGGUAGCUAUCACUUAAAGUCAUGUACUUUUUGUAAUAAAGCAUUGUCACUUGUCUGUUUAUAAAAAUGUCUUUAAAGUCUUUUGUGUGAUUUGGGAUUCACCAGUUAUACAUUAACUGACAGCAUCUCGGUCUUUUCUCCUAAAAUGCAUGAGAAAGUACUAAUUCUACGGGAUGGUUUGAUGCGAAUCCCCAAUUCUCUCUGUUCCAAACUUUUGUAACAUGAGUAUAGAAUGAAACGUUAUACUGUGUUUUUAUUUUGUAUGUGUAGAUCAUGCCAAGUGAAUGGGUUCGGGAUGUUUUUUGGGUGAAAAUGUACAUAUGUCACGGAAGGAAUUUGCAAAGUAACAAGAUGUAAAAAAAUGUACAUAAGUAAAGGUUUCAUUUUUCUAAUAAAGGGUUUUUUCUGUCACUUUA